AUGCCCCGCGCAGACCGCCCGGCGCGGAGCACGCUGGGAGCUGUAGUCCCGCGGGCGCACGGCCCUGUUCUCCCCCCCCGCCCCGCGCGCCCGCCAGGUGCCGCCGUCCGCUUGCCCGCGGGGUCGGCGGCUGCGCUGAAUCCCUCCGGCCCGCGGUUUCCCGGCGGGCAGCCUUACUCCCUCUAAUCGGGCAUGCAGCGGCUGCUGCGGCGGCUUCUCCCCGCGCUUUACUGGACGCGGCCGGCGGCGGCCCGCGCCCUGCUCGCCCGGCGGGCUGUGCCCGCGCUCCCGCGCCUCAUGGCGCUGCGGCCGGCAGCGGGAGCGGGUGGCGGCGGGGACCCCUCCCGCGCAGCCGGCGCGACCCCGGAGCAGGGUGGGCUGGAAAAUGUACAGCAAAAGAAAAUCUUUAAAGAGAGUGAGAAAAUGACACAACAGAGAAAAGAGCCAUGUCCUGGUGAUUUGGUAGAAUCUCUGAUGGCAGAAAUGCCGUUUGUCGACACAGAUAUUGAAGAUGAAUUUGUCAUGCAUGCAACCUCUGAAAUAAAUAUAAAAAAGAAAAGAAAGAGGACUACUGGAAGGGAAAUUGAAGAAGGCAGUGAGAGAAAGAAGAAAAAGAGAAAACAGUAUCAGCCGAAUUAUUUUAUUUCUCUUCCGAUUACUAAUCCAGAGAUUACUGGCAGUAUUCAGGCUGUGCAAGAUGCAAUAAUACAAAAGGAUCAAAGGCUCUCCAAAGCAAUGGUUCACUCUGGCUCAUUGCAUGUCACCAUGUUAGUGAUGCAUUUAUCCAAUGAAGAAGAAAUUAGCAUAGCAGUUGGUGCUCUUUCAGACAGCAAGGAUUUUGUAGAAGAUCUCCUGAAAGGAAAAACCGUGGAUUUGUCUUUUCAAGGAAUUGAUCACUUCAAAAAUGAAGUUGGAUUUGUGAAGUUGGCAGAAAAUGAUCAUACAGCUAUACUUACGGAAAUAGCAGAGACUAUGAAGAAGAUAUUUCAAGAAAAGGGCAUCUUGGCAGGAGAAGAAAGAGCUUUUAAACCACAUCUGACCUUCAUGAAGUUGUCAAAAUCAACACAGCUACGUAAGCAGGUGAAAAAAAUUGACUCAAGCCUGUAUGAAGAUUUUAAAAGCCAUUAUUUUGGAGAUGAAAUCUUGCACCGCCUAGAUCUUUGCUCCAUGUUGAAAAAAAAGCAACCGAAUGGUUACUACUACUGCGAGUCCUCUAUCGUUUUUGGUGAAAAACAUGCAGCAGAGCCAGACGAUGCAGAGCUGGUGAGCCUCAGCAAAAGGCUGGUGGAGAAUGCGGUGCUGAAGGCUGUACAGCAAUAUUUAGAAGAAACACAGAACAAAACCAGACAGACUGAUGGAAGCCCUGUGAAAACUGAAGAAGCAGCAAGUGGCAGUAAGAAUGAAAGCGACGAUAACAGCAAGUGA